GGAUAUGGGCCUAUGUUCUCAAAACAUAAAACCUAGACUACCUAGUCCCAGCUCUAAAAUUAUCCAUCUAAUCCAAAUCCAACCAUAUAUAUUUGAUCACUACGAAAUGAAGGUUCAAUCUAAAAUCGCGUUUACGCUGCUUAGUUAGUUCCAGUACGGUUCAUACGGUAACAAAUUGUAGUGUUCAAACAAGAGAGGAGCUGAAGACACUGUGGAUCGUUAUUCGUUAAUAUCGAGUAAAGGAAGAAGAGGAAACUAUCGAAGUCAUCGAACAACAGCUGAUAGCUGAUCAACAGCUCAAAUUGAGAGAAAGAAGCUACAAAGAUAACAUAUAUACAUACAAUCUUUAUAUAAAACACGAAUAGUAUUCAUUCGCUUUCAUUUUCAAAUUGCCCCAGGAAAUGGACUGUGCUCUGAGAAUUGCACCUUCUUCGCCCAAGAUUCCCCUUUUCCAUCAUCGUUUGCACAAUAAUUCGACGGUUCUUCACACGAUAGGUUAUGGAAUUAACCGCAACGACGCCGUCUUGCUCACUUCUUCAUCGUUUGGUUCUCCCGCUAGGGUUGUUCGCUGCGCUGCUGGGGAUGUGAGGCGAAUAAGUAGUCUUGAAUCUCUUUUCUGUUAUGAUAAACCUAUUCCUGAGGAAAUAAUUGAGAAACCUGUUGGACUUGCCUUGACUGAGAAGAAUGUUGGAGUAAAUCCUCGAUGCUCUAGUUGUCUGGCUAAAGGAGCGAUACUUUGUGCAACUUGUUCGGGGUCAGGCUUAUAUGUGGACUCUAUCUUGGAGAGUCAAGGAAUCAUUGUAAAAGUUCGAUGUUUAGGUUGUGGAGGAACAGGGAAUACCAUGUGUUCAGAAUGUGGUGGCCGGGGUCAUCUUUGAUUUGGCUUCAUGUUUAAUAUGGAUUGCAUAGAAGGUUUGUUUCUCACUGAACUAGCUAUAACCUGGGACAUGUAAUGCAAACCUGCAGAAAUCUUGAUUACAGAUCUUCAACAUGUGUAGGCUUUUGCUUUUAUCUUCUUGUUGUAUCAUACAAGGAAACAAAAUUUAUUGAAUUCGGCUACAUUGUUAUUGAUAUAAUAUUUCUCUGCUGUAAA